GGCAGUUCUGGCAUGUAUCUGACCUACAUUUAGAUCCGACUUACCACAUUACCCCUGAUCACACCAAAGUUUGUUCUUCUUCUAAAGGAGCCAAUGCCUCCAACCCAGGCCCUUUUGGAGACUUUUUAUGUGAUUCUCCAUAUCAGCUUAUUUUGUCAGCAUUUGCAUUUAUGAAGGAUUCAGAACAGCAGGUUUCAUUCAUGAUUUGGACAGGAGAUAGCCCUCCCCAUGUUCCUGUAAAAGAACUCUCCACAAAGUUGGUCAUUAGCAUCGUUGGCAAUAUGACUUCUACAAUUAGUAAUUUCUUUCCAGAUCUUCAGGUUUUCCCGGCCUUGGGCAAUCAUGACUAUUGGCCACAGGAUCAGCUUCCUGUAACUACCAGUGAAGUUUAUAAUGCUGUAGCAGAUUUCUGGAAACCUUGGCUAACCGAUGAAGCAAUCAAUACCUUCAGAAAAGGUGGCUUCUACACACAGCUGUUUGAAUCCAGUGAUAGCUCUCAACCACUCAGGAUAAUCAGUCUGAACACAAAUUUAUAUUACAGCCCUAACAGCGUAACUGUUAAUAUCACUGACCCAGCCAACCAGUUUGCCUGGCUGGAGGGAAUACUAGAAACCUCCUUACAAAAGAAGGAAAAGGUAUAUAUAAUAGGACAUGUACCAAUAGGAUACUUACCAUAUGCAAGGAAUACUACAGCUAUCAGGGAAUAUUACAAUGAGAGACUGGUAAAGAUUUUUCGCAAAUACAGUAGUGUUAUUGCGGGGCAGUUUUUUGGACAUACGCAUAGAGACAGUAUCAUGGUACUCCUGAAUGAAGAAGAAAAGCCAGUAAAUUCCUUGUUUGUGGCACCUGCUGUAACCCCAGUGAAGAAUGUAUGGCAAAUGGAGUCCAAUAACCCUGGUGUCAGAUUGUAUCAAUAUGAUCUUUUUGAUUAUAGCUUGUUGGAUCUUUGGCAGUUUUACUUGGACCUCAGAGAUGCCAACAAGAAAAAUGAAUCAAACUGGAAAUUAGAAUACAUUCUGACUAAAGCUUACGGUAUUGAAGACUUGAAGCCAGAAAGCCUAUAUGAAAUGGCCAAGCAGUUGUCUGUGCCACACAGCACACUGUUUGAGCAGUAUUACAGUAACUUCAUUGUGAGUUAUGACAAAACCAUUGUCUGUGAAGAGGGGUGCAAGACCUGCCAAAUAUGUGCGAUCCAAUAUUUGGAUUACUCCUCAUACACAGAUUGUAUCAAUCGGGAAGCAACAUGGAGAUGAAGUCUCUGUGCAAUUUAUGCUGAUACUGACUUUAGCCUGUGAUUUAAAGAAUCUGCUCAUCCUUUUGCUCAAGCACUGACAUGGUGACAGGGAGCCUGUGGGACUUCACUGAAUUUCAGGGGAGCAAUAAAU